AUGAUGAAUGACAUGAAUAGGUCGGUAUACCUUAUCGAGAAUGCCAUCGAUCGGCUCAUCGAAUAUGGAGAUCGAAUACAUUCCAUAUCUAGCAGAUCUCAUCCUGAACAACGAAGGCAAGAGAGUGUUUCUAGUGAAAAGGAGACGGUUGACAACUUUCUCUAUACGGUAACUAAAGGAGGUAGACGAUGUACCAUUCCUGGAAAGAUGUUCUCAAAACGCCUUCCGGACUCUUGGGUCAUGCUUCGCUUCCAGUUAUUCGAUGAGGAUGGAACUGAGUUGCUAAACCUCAAGACGGAGAUUAUGGGCGAGUACCUGAGAAACACAGUCGUCAACGGCAAGCCUACCGAUUUCUGCUAA